CCCGACCUCCCCACAGGUCGUGGAGGUGCCUCCAUCUACGGGAAGCAGUUUGAGGACGAGCUGCACCCCGAGCUGAAGUUCACCGGUGCUGGCAUCUUGGCCAUGGCCAACGCGGGACCGGACACCAACGGGAGCCAGUUCUUCUUGACGUUGGGCCCCGCGCAGUGGUUGGACGGGAAGCACAGCAUCUUCGGGAGGGUCUGCCAGGGCAUGGGGGUGUUGGGGCGCCUGGCCAUGGUGGAGACCAACGCCCAAGACCGGCCCUUGGACGACGUCAAGGUCAUCAAGGCUUUUCCAUCAGGGUAGUGGUGGGAGGUGGUUGUGUCCUCCACGUGUGUGUGUGUGUGUGUGUCCCCUCCCGUCACCCCGCUUUGUAAUAAAAGAGGUGGGAUGUGGUCACUCCUCA